GCAUGAUCCUCCUGGCUGUGCUCUUCCUCUGCUUCUUCCCCUCUUACUCAGCCUCUGUGAAAGGCCAUACGACGGGGCUGUCCCUCAACAAUGACCGGCUGUACAAUCUGGCCUAUUCAGCCGAGGUAUUACUGGACCGGGGCCAGGCCAGCCUGCAGGACGCCGCUGGCUUCCGGCUCUCUGCACAGGUGGAUGCAGCACUGCUCUGGAGAAACCCCGACGGGGAUGAUGACCAGCUCAUCCAGAUCACGAUGAACAGUGUGAACGUGGACAGUGUCAGCCCACAGCGUGGAGACAAGAGCAUCUUCAGGGGCAAGACCCCGGCCCACAUCGUGGGUAGGCAGAACCUGGAGGCGCUGCAGAGGCCCGUGCUGCUGCACCUGGUGCACGGCAAGGUGAAGGAGUUCUACUCCUACAAAGAUGAGCCGGCUGCCAUCACCAACCUCAAGCGGGGCCUGGCCAGUCUCUUCCAGAUGCAGCUCAGCUCUGGGAGCACCUCCGAGGUGGAUGUGUCUGGGGACUGCAAGGUCACCUACCAGGCUCAGCAUGACAGAGUGGUCAAGGUGAAGGCCCUGGACUCCUGCACGAUAGAGCGGCCGGGCUUCACCACCCGCAACCAGAUCCUGGGCGUCACCUCGAAAGCCAUGUCUGUCACCACCUAUAAGAUCGAGGACAGCUUUGUCAUCGCUGUGCAGGCGGAGGAGACACACGCCUUCACGCAGAACUUUCUGCGAAGCAUCAAGGGCAAGAUGGUGUCCCGACAGAAGCUGGAGCUGCAGACCACAGAGGCGGGUCCCAGGCUGGUGCCCGGGAAGCAGGCGGCUGCUGUGGUGAAGGCCAUGGACGCCAAGUACAAGGCUGUCCCCAUUGUGGGCCAGGCCCAGGCCAAAGCCUGCAAAAGCUGCCCAUCGCUGCCCGAGCUCUGGAAGUCCAUCAGGAAGGACCUGCAGCCCGAGAGCCUGUCCAAGGCGGCUUCUGUGAGGAGCUUCCUGGCCUUCAUCCGCCAGCUGAGGGCAGCGCGCAAGGACGAGGUCCUUCAGAUCCUCAAGGCUGAGAGCAAGGACGUGCUCCCCCAGCUGGUGGACGCGGUCACCUCGGCGCAGACCCCCGACACGCUGGACGCCAUCCUGGACUUCCUGGACUUCAAGAGCGACGGCAGCGUAGAGCUUCAGGAACGUUUCCUCUAUGCCUGUGGCUUCGCCUCCCACCCCAGCGAGGAGCUCUUGCACGCCCUCCUGAGAGUGUUCAAAGGCUCUUUCGCCAGCAAUGACAUCCGGGAGACGGUGCUGAUCACCAUAGGGGCUCUGGUGCGCAAGCUGUGCCUGGACGGUGGCUGCAAGCUCAAGGCCGUAGUGGAGGCCAAGAAGCUGCUGCUGGGCGGCCUGGAGCGGCCAGCGCGCCCAGGGGACACGGCCAUGCACCUGCUGGCCAUGAAGAAUGCACUGCUGCCCGAGGCCGUGCCGCUGCUGCUCAAAUUCGCCGAGGCUGGAGAGGGCCCGGUCAGCCACCUGGCCAUCACCACGCUGCAGAGAUAUGACGCCGCCUUCAUCACUGAGGAGGUGAAGAGGACGCUGAACAGGAUCUACCACCAGAACCGCAAGGUGCAUGAGAAGACAGUGCGCACGGCGGCGGCCGCAGUGCUCCUGCAGAGCAGGCCGUCCUACAUGGACGUGAAGAACAUCCUGCUGUCCAUCGGGGAGCUGCCAAAGGAGAUGAACAAGUACAUGCUGGCCGCCGUGCAGGACGUGCUGCGCUCCGAGCUGCCCGCCAGCAAGAUGGUUCGCCGUGUGCUGAAGGAGAUGGUGGCCCACAACUACAACCGGUUCUCCAGGAGUGGCUCCUCCUCCGCCUACACUGGCUACAUUACCCGGGACGCACAGGGGGCAGCCACCUACAGCCUGGACAUCCUGUACUCGGGCUCCGGCAUCCUACGCAGAAGCAACCUCAACGUGCUGCAGCACCUGGGGGGGACACAUCUGCACGCCAGCCAGGUGGUCAUCGAGGCCCAGGGCCUGGAGACGCUGAUUGCGGCCACGCCGGACGAGGGUGAGGAGAACCUGGACUCCUUCGCAGGCAUGUCGGCCGUGCUCUUUGAUGUGCAGCUGCGGCCUGUCACCUUCUUCAGUGGCUACAGUGACCUCAUGGCCAAGAUGCUGUCUGCGUCUGGGGACCCCAUCAGCGUGGUCAAGGGGCUCGUGCUGCUGGUGGACCACUCCCAGGAGCUGCAGCUGCAGUCAGGGCUGGCAGCCAACAUGGAGGUGCAGGGCGGGCUGGCCAUCGACAUAUCGGGCGCCAUGGAGUUCAGCCUGUGGUACCGCGAGUCUAAGACCCGUGUGAAGAACGGGCUGGCCGUGGCGAUCACGGGGGAGCUGACGGUGGACGCGGCGUUCGUGCGGGCGGGGCUGGAGACCAGCGCGGAGACGGAGGCAGGCCUGGAGUUCAUCUCCACGGUGCAGUUCUCCCAGUACCCCUUCCUGGUGUGCAUGCAGAUGGACAAGGCGGCCGCGCCCUUCAGGCAAUCCGAGACCAAGUUUGAGCGUCUGGCCACGGGCCGGGGCUACGUGGUACGCAGGCGGCGGGAGCGGCUGGUGCCGGGCUCGGAGUUCCCGCUGCACCAGGAGAACUCAGACAUGUGCAAGGUGGUGUUCCCGCCAGAGCCCGAGACCAAGGAAUCGGGCGGCUGGUUCUGAGGCCCCGGGUUGGUCGGCCUCCUGUCCAGUAUGUUUACACCCCGCCCCGUAUUUAAGACGCUCCUCACAGCGGGGACCCGUCCCUCCUCUGACGCAGGACACAGGCAAGGGGCUCCAUUGUCUCCCAUCUCUGUCCCUCUAUCCCCGUCAGCUGCCACAUCGAGGUCCCCCCCCCAUGGAGGAGAGAGCAUCGUGCAGCAGACGCCCCGGCACUGCCUCCCUCCCCUGUGAGCCGGCCCCCUAUCCCCACCCAUAACACCUGGGGGCUACCACCUACACGCACCCAUAACCCCCAUAUGGGCACCCUACUGCCUCAGGUGCACCACUGCUGCCAUCUUUCCAAAGCAGUCCUUCUCGUUCUUUUUUUUUUUUUUUUUGGGGGGGAUCAAUUUUUAAAUAAGACUCUAUGGCCUCAAAACUGACCACGUGGGCCUCCUGCUGUGGUUUCACUGGGCCCCGCACGGAAGGCGCUGGAAGCCGGCUCACCGAGAGGCCUCUCAGUCCGCACAAGGGAGCUACAACAGGGCUCUCGGGGGGGGGGGUCUGCUGCACCCCGCGUCAGGUCAGGGCUGUGCUCCGUGUCAGGUCAGGGCUGUGCCCCGUGGGCAGGGCCUGUCUGUCCACAUACACAGUGCCCGGGAGGGCGGAUGCAGCUUUGGGACAUGGACGGUGUCGGGCUUCUCAAGUAGGAAAUCUACUCAGAACUGUGUUUGCACAGAAUAAAAGAGCCAUGUUAAAGA